AUGGACGAAAAAAAGGUAGAGCUCGGUCAAGUGAGACCGGAAGAGGUGGAUGCGUCGAUAGGGGAGGUGAGCGAGGAGCUGAACGCUUCUGGUCACAAACAAGAGUUGGAACGUAAUUUUAGUCUUUUGAACCUUUGCGCGAUUGGUAUCACGACGGGGAAUGUUUGGGCUGCUCUGGGCGGUUCAAUUGCUAUCGCGCUUUACAAUGGCGGUCCUGCGGGUGUCAUCUAUGAGUUUAUUGCUGUGUCAAUGUGCUACUUUAUGAUUGCGGCGUGUAUUGCUGAAAUGGCAUCUUCCAUCCCUUCAUCAGCUGGUGUGUAUCACUGGGCUAGCGUGACAGCUGGCGCAAGAUUUGGAAAGAUUGUCGGAUUCUAUGCUGGUUGGUGGAACUCAUUGGGCUGGAUCUUCGGCACGGCAUCCAUCUCCUCCAUCCUCGCCAACCAAGUCGUAUCCAUGUACGGACUCUUCCACCCCGGCUACGCCUUCGAGCGCUGGCACGUCUUCAUCGCAUACCUCCUCAUCACCUGGAUUUCGUGCUUUAUUGUCAUGUUCGCCAACCGUACGCUCCCCAAACUCACAAAUAUCGGCCUAUUCUUCAUCCUGCUCGGCGUCUUUAUUACAAUCAUGGUGUGCGCAAUCAUGCCCAGUAGGACCGGCAAGGGCUACGCAAGCACAGAAUUCGUAUUCCGAGAUUGGCAGAACCAAACAGGCUGGAGUAGCAAUGGCUUCGUAUUUUGCGCAGGCAUGUUGAACGGCGCUUUUGGCGUAGGCACACCUGACUGCGUAUCCCACCUUGCCGAAGAACUCCCAUCCCCCCGCCGCAACAUCCCCCUCGCGAUCCUCGCCCAAUACGCCGUCGGCUUCACAACCGCCUUACUCUACCUCAUCACAAUCUUCUACUCGGUCAACGACCUCUCCACCCUCUUCGCAAACCCCUGGCCCUUCCCUCUCGCCGAACUCUACCGCCAAGCCACAAACUCGCACGGCGGCUCCCUCGGCCUCUUGCUCGUCAUCUUCUUCCCAACCUUGUGCACAAACAUCGGCUGCUACAUCACCAGCGGCCGUAUGCUGUGGACUCUCGGCCGCGACGACGCCACUCCCUGGCCCAAAUGGGUCGGCCGCGUAGAUCCCAAAUGGGGAAACCCAUGGAACGCAACUCUCGCCUGCGGUAUCAUCAACACAAUACUAGGAUGCAUAUACAUCGGCUCCUCGACCGCCUUCUCCGCCUUCGUAGGCUCCUUUAUCGUCCUAAGCUCGCUAUCCUACCUCGCCUUCAUCCUCCCCAACAUCCUUUCGCGCCGCCGCCACGUCACAAAGGGUCCGUUUACCAUGCCAGACCCGGUCUUCUACACAGUUGCCAUUCUGGCGUGUUCGUACAUGGUUGUUUGGAUACCGAUUUAUUGCUUCCCGUUUGCGGUGCCGUUUAAUACUACGACGAUGAAUUAUACGAGUGCGUUGGUGGGUGGGGUUACGAUCUUGCUGGGCGGCUGGUAUGUGUGGAUAAGGAAUAGGGGGUAUGUGGGACCGAGGGCUUUGGUGGAGGCGUUGGAGAGGGGGGAGGCGCCGAAGGUGCAUUAA